GCUUAUGUAAACAAACUUUUAAUUUGAAAACAAAUAUUUUUAAUAUGGCUAAUGAAAAAAAUACUGUAUAUGUUGGAGGUUUAGCUGAUGAAGUCACUGAAAAACUUUUACAAGAUAUUUUCAUUGUUUUUGGUGAUAUUUCUGAAAUCCAGAUGCCCGUUGAUUAUGAGAGUCAAAAGCACCGUGGAUUCGCAUUUGUUGUCUAUGAAACUAGUGAAGAUGCAUUUCAGGCUGUCGACAACAUGAAUGACAGUGAAAUUGCAGGAAGGACUAUAAGAGUAAAUAUAGCAAAACCACAGAGAAUGAAAGAAAAUUCACUAAAACCAGUAUGGGCUGAAGAUGCAUGGUUGCAAAAAUAUGCAGGACAAACGCUUGAAAACGAGAACAGUGAAAACACAAAACCAGAAUCUGAAGCUGUCGUUGAUGUUACAGUCUCAGAAAAACCUGAAGAAAAGAAAGCAAAUCCACAAGUUUACUUUGAUAUCAAGAUUGGAAAUUCAGACGUUGGUCGUAUCGUUAUGAUUCUCAGAGCUGAUGUUGUGCCUAAAACAGCUGAAAAUUUUCGGCAACUUUGUACAAUGGAGCAGGGCUUUGGAUUUAAAGGUUCAUCGUUUCAUAGAAUCAUUCCUGAAUUUAUGUGUCAAGGUGGUGACUUUACAAAAAACAAUGGCACUGGAGGAAAAUCUAUCUAUGGAGCCAAAUUUGCUGAUGAGAAUUUCAAAUUAAAGCACACUGGCUUUGGCACUCUUUCAAUGGCUAACUCAGGAAGUAACACCAAUGGUAGUCAAUUCUUCAUUUGUACAACAAAAACUGAUUGGCUCGACGGAAAACAUGUCGUUUUCGGAAAAGUCAUUGCAGGAGCUGAAGUCGUUAAGAAAAUGGAGAAAUGUGGAGCAAAAAGUGGCACCCCGACACAGAAAGUAACAAUUUACUCAUGUGGUGAAUUAAAAUAAGUUAUCUAGCUCUUACUUAUAAUAUUAUUAAGUUAUGCAAUUAAAAUAAAACUUAAAUUUAAA